AUGACGUGGCCUUUGCCCAUGUUCCUUUGCCCUCUGACCAACUUCUGUUACUACAGCAGCAUCUACAUCAGCACCCUGUUCCUCAUGGCCAUCAGCGUGGAGCGCUACCUGGGCGUUGCCUAUCCUAUCAGGUACAAGUUGAACCGGAGGCCAAUGUAUGCGGUGUUUGCCAGCAUCUUGUUCUGGUUCCUUGCCUGCUCCCACUGCAGCAUUGUCUAUAUCGUGGAACUCGCGGUGCCAGACCAUAAUAACGAAACCAUCUCCAACUCUGCCAACGCCUCCAAAUGUUAUGAGAGUUUCUCCGCCAACCAGCUCGACAUCCUCCUCCCUGUCCGCCUGGAGCUCUGCAUCACCCUCUUCUUCCUCCCUUUCCUCAUCACCCUUUUCUGCUAUGUCAACUUAGUCCGCAUCCUAACCUCCUUGCCUAACAUCCAUGCCCGCAGGAAGCAACGGGCUGUGGGGCUCGCUGUGGCUACUUUGCUCAACUUUGCAGUCUGCUUUGCUCCCUACAACAUCUCCCACAUUGUGGGCUUCAUCCAGAAUGAGAGUCCUUCCUGGAGAGUUUAUGCUUUGCUCCUUAGCACCCUCAAUGCUUCCAUGGACCCAGCAAUCUUCUACUUCUCCUCCACUGCCAUCCAACAAACCUUUGCCAAAUGUUUUUCCGGCCUGGGACGCAAGUUCCAUGCCAUCAUGCCAUGGUGUUACCAGUUUUGCGGGUUCUGCUGUGAAAUCGAGAUAGACCACAGUGGGGUUGAUAAAUCUUCUAUUUCUAACCUGGGGGAGCUGCCUUCUGAAAGGAUUGUGAGGGGCUGGUAG